AUGACUAGGCGUGAGCUUGCCGCCUCUACUGAGGAUGUAGAGAGCCAGAGCAGAGACGCCGAGGUGUCUGAUGGCUUUUCCGAGCUAUCUUCUACCUUGCCAACAUACGAGGAAGUCGUCCUGGACACGCCAGCUUUGCGUUCAGAGGACUCAAAGGGUGAUAAUGGCAAGAUGGUGAGUCAACGUGAAGGCUCUCCGGCCGUGCCAGAGGAGGAGCAGCCAUUAUUGACUGGUGGAAGUGAGGACGGAGAUGGCAGCCCCAAACAGGAGGGUCAGACAAAAUCUACCCUAAAGCGCUACUUUUGGAUUAUGGCAGUGGUUGUGCUUUGGAAUAUUGCGGCCCGCUCAUUCCAUCUGUUCCCAGCCAGUGGGAAGCACACACCUCCACCGUCGGAGCCAGAAUCCGCCGACCCACCCUGGCCUUCUCCCCGCGAGAUUCGCGUGCACGAAACGACCAACGCAAUUCAUGGCUCCUACCCUCUCUACGAUCUCCUCGAGCUUACCACCACCACAGGGCAGAUAUAUGCCACAAUCGAGCCCAAGGCUGGCAAUAAGACCGCUGUGGUCAACAUCCGGUCUAAGACGGGAGCGAUCUAUGUGCGCUUCGCGAAAUCAGCCUUCACCAAUGCCGACGAGAAGGGUGUGCUGGAGCGUGUGUACAGGACGCAGAUGGACACAACGACUGGGCAGAUCCACGGCGAAGUCUUCCAUGGAGGUGCUGGAGGUGAGACAGUCCUUACGACCAAGACUGGCAUGCUCGAUCUGCGGGUCAUACCCAUUGGAGAUCAAGCAUCUAGGUUAGAAACGACCACGGUGACGGGACUUAACAGGGUCACUGUCGAAGCUCCGAUGCAGGGCACGACGUUGAAGAAUCUCACCGCGAUCCAUAGGACCAUGUCUACUGGCCAGCUGGACAUAAAUUACCCGCGAAUGUGGGAGGGACGUCUGCACGCUUGGUGCGGGGGCACAGGCCAUGUCGAUGUCCGCGGUGAGGGGCUCAAUAUGCAAGGCGGCGGAAAGAACGUGUACGCCUGGAGAGGGGAGGAUGCUGUAAAGAAUGGGAGGAUCAUUGAGGUUGUGAGUGAGGGAACUGGGAUGGUGAGGUUCAAGGCAUAG